CUUCCAUUUCUUUUCCAAAAGUCCAUUUUGAACGUCGAUCUACAAUAUGACUACAGCUGCAAGACCCACUUGGCAUCCCGCCGUUGGCGGACUGCAGCUCCGUGACACCAACGCUGCACCUGUCCACUUGGUCAGCGCCAGGGAUUUGGCCACACAAACCAAGCUGAAGCUGCGUCAACCCGGCCAAAAUGCUCCCGAGGACCUGAACUCCCUUGACGAGAUUCGUAUGAAGGAGAGAUUGGAAGAGAAGGAGCGUGAGCAUUUUGAAAAGGCCAGAAGGGGAGAGAAGCGGAAAGAGAUAUCAGCCGGGAUCGAGGAAGAUGAAAGCUCAAAGCGACAGAGGACAAAAAUAGAACCAAAUAUAGAUGCAGACGACUCGGAGGACGAUGACGAGGCAUCGGAAAGUGAUAGUGACUCCAGCGACGACGAUGAUGAUGACGAUGAAGCUGAGCUUCUACGCGAGCUGGAAAAGAUCCGGAGGGAGCGAGCAGAGGAGAAGGAACGUCAGGAGAGGGCAAAGAUGGAAGAAGAUGAAAAGCAACGAGAGGAAGAGGCAUUGACGGGGAACCCUCUACUUGAAAGCCAGGCGUCGAAAGAUUUCUCCGUGAAGAGGCGCUGGGACGACGACGUGGUAUUCAAGAACCAGGCGCGGGGUGUGGAGGACAACCCGAAGAAGAGGUUCAUUAAUGAUGUGCUACGGAGCGAUUUUCAUCGCAAGUUUAUGAGCAAAUACGUCAAAUAG